AUGUUGCGAGUCGCAGUGGAAGGCUGUGGCCAUGGCAGCCUGCAUGAAAUCUACGACGAGGUCGAGCGCCAGGCCUCCCUUCGGGGCUGGACUGGUGUGGACGUGGUCAUCAUCGGUGGGGACUUCCAGCACCAGGCGCUGCGCAACUCAUACGACGCAGUUUGCAUUUCUGUGCCCAACAAGUUCAAGAAGAUUGGGGACUUCCAUGAGUACUACAGUGGUCAUCGGAUUGCCCCUUACUUGACCAUCUUUGCUGGCGGCAACCAUGAAGCCGGUAACUACUUGUUCGAGCUCUACUACGGCGGCUGGGUGGCCCACAACAUCUACUACCUUGGUGCUGCCAAUGUCAUUCGCUGUGGCCCGCUCCGGAUUGCCGGCAUGUCUGGCAUAUUCAAGCCAUAUGACUACAGAAGGCCCCAUUUUGAGCGCCUUCCCUACAAUCAGGAUGACAUCCAGUCCAUUUAUCACAUCCGCGAAAUUGACGUGCGCAAGCUGCUCCAAAUCCGCACUCAGGUGGACGUUGGUCUGUCCCAUGACUGGCCUCGAGGCAUCGAGCACUUCGGAGACAGCCAGGAUUUGUUCAGGCGAAAGAAAGGGUUCGGUGCAGAUUCGGCCAGCGGAAGGUUGGGCAGUGCGCCUGCUAGGCAGGUCCUCGAUCGUCUUCGCCCCGCUUACUGGUUUUCGGGUCACCUUCAUGUCGAGUUUGGGGCGGUCAUGUCCCACUGUGGAGAUCCCAUUCACAAGAUCGACCCCGCCGGCCUCCCCGAAGGUGAGCCUGUAUCGUGGGCCGUAGAGGUUGAAAAUAAGAAUGUGAACUCUACGGUGCUGGCCCCUGCAUCCGGCAGCAUGGACGACCGUGUUGCUGCGUGGAACAAUUUUUCCAAUCAUGCCCAGAUGUCUGAGCAAGAGCAGGCACAGAAAUCCCUCGAGAGCGCGGAAGGAGAAAUGCUGAAAAGCCCUGUUUCAGUCCCUCACGUGGAUGCCACAUGGAAGAAGGUCGAUAGCAAGAGGCAAGUGCUUGCUACGGAACUCUCGCCGGAUGUCUUUGGGUCCAAAAAACAGAAGGUCGAGUCUGAUACGCCUAUCCAGAACAGUGAUGAGAUCGAUCUGGACUUGAGCAGCGAUGAAGAGACUGAAAUGCACAAGAAACCGACAGUCCCAGCUCCUAACCUGAGCAUUGAUGGCGCUCUGGAUGCUACGUCCGCUUCUCCUCAGCAGGGAACCAUGUGGCAUGAGGAGCAGUCGCAGGAGGGCCAGCAAACCUCACCUAACGAGUCCUCCAUCUUGCCGGAUCAGAACUCACCACUGGUGGUAAGUGUGAAUGACGACCUUCGAAGCCAGCUUCCAGCCAGCUUCGCUCGACCGCCUCCUCAGGUGAGAAACACCCAGCCUCGCAAGGUCAGUGUGCCCGUGGAAGUUCGCAACACCGUCACCAAGUUCUUGGCGCUUGAUAAGCCCCGCAAUCGCGAUCAGUUUGUUCGAGUGCUCCAACUCAACCCCAUUUCAGCCCAAACCAAUGUUCAGACCGAGCGUCCAUUCCGUCUCCAGUAUGACAAAGAGUGGCUGGCAAUCACGCGUGUCUUUGCCGACGACCUCCAGCUCGGUGAUCCCAAUGCCCAAAGCCCCCCAGAGAUGGAUGAGAGCGAUUACAAGAAACGAAUUAUCGAGGAGGAACAAUGGGUCGAGGAGAACAUUGUGAAGAAGGGCUUGCUGAACAUCCCGGCCAACUUCACCCGGUCUGCUCCGAAGUACGACCCUUCUGUUCCUAUCAGCACCACCGAAGCUCCUCCUGAGUACAACAAUAUCCAGACUGCCGAGUUUUGUGAGCUCGUGGGAAUUGAGAACAAAUUUUACCUGACCGAAGAGCAACGCCUCGCCCGCGUCGCUGCCGGACCGCGUCCCUGCAGGGAGAGGGCCCCAACAUUCAAUCAGCGCCGUGGUGGUGGUUAUGGAGGUGGCCGUGGCCGUGGCGGUGGUCGCGGUCGUGGCGGCGGUGGUCAGCACCGCGGAGGCCACAACUCUCGUGGUAGGGGUGACCGACAUGGUUCUGGGUUUGAGCAGGUGAGUAAUGGUGGUGGUACGGAAGUUCACCACCAGGACGUUGCCUGGUAA